UUACGCUAACGUCAUGGAGGAAGAAGAAGAAGCUUCAUUACACGGUUUAAAGAGUUAUUCGUCCUACCUGAGGGAGGAGAUCGGGACGGCGGUGCAGGAGGCGCUGGACGCCGUUGUGGGCGACUCGGAGUUCCAGGAGCACCGCGUCGAGAUGUGGAUCAACGCCAUCCUGGAGAGUUGCCUCGGCCGCUUCGUGGGCCUCGAGAAGAACAGCAAGUUUGUAGCGACUUGCGUGAUCUGCCCCAAUGAUGGUACGGGCAUGCACGGGCAGAGCGCAUGCGCUUGGCACCCGGGCAUGGACCACGCGCUGGUCUACGAGUGGCAGAACCCAUACGUGCGCGUGUGCGUUACCGUCUUCACCAUCUGCGCCACGCGCCUGCGCUGA